UGAGUUGGAGGAGAGAAGUUUGAGUAAGAGAUAAGGAAGAGAGUGGCCGAUCAGCAUUGACUCCGACACUGCAGGCGUCUCCUCCGCUGAGGACAGUGGACGGAUCGGAGCAGAGAGAGGCAGCAUUGGCAGGAUCUCCCCUGUGCUGGGCUCACCACCCAUCCCUUCCUUGCCACCCUCUGCACUAAAUCUCCCUCUUCAUUUCUCUCUGUGGAUACACCAAGCUGACACCAUUUCACUGUGGACAUUACACCCUCUGUCAGACAUGGAGACAUGGGAGACCCUCCAAAAAGAAAAGCGACUAAUUUCACUGUGUGUCGGCUGCGGAAAUCAAAUUCACGACCAAUAUAUACUGAGGGUAUCUCCAGACCUGGAAUGGCAUGCAGCCUGUCUCAAGUGUGCUGAAUGCAAAUAUUUAGACGAAACUUGCACGUGCUUUGUUAGGGAUGGAAAAACGUACUGUAAAAGGGACUAUAUCAGGUUGUAUGGGAUCAAGUGUGCCAAGUGCAAUAUCGGCUUCAGUAAGAAUGACUUUGUGAUGAGGGCCCGCUCCAAGGUCUAUCACAUCGAAUGUUUCCGCUGCGUGGCCUGCAGCCGCCAGCUCAUCCCCGGGGACGAAUUCGCUCUGCGGGAGGACGGUCUCUUCUGUCGGGCCGACCAUGAUGUGGUGGAAAGGGCCAGCCUGGCCGGGGACCCCCUUAGUCCGCUGCAUCCGGCCAGACCCCUGCAGAUGGCAGCAGAACCCAUUUCUGCCCGGCAGCCGGCCCUCAGGCCUCAUGUCCACAAGCAGCCCGAGAAGACCACCCGGGUCCGGACGGUCCUUAACGAGAAGCAACUUCACACCUUGCGGACCUGCUACGCCGCCAACCCCCGACCGGACGCACUGAUGAAGGAGCAGCUGGUGGAGAUGACCGGUCUCAGUCCUCGGGUCAUCAGGGUCUGGUUCCAGAAUAAGAGGUGUAAAGACAAGAAGAGGAGCAUCCUCAUGAAACAAAUACAGCAGCAGCAGCCCAACGAUAAAACGAAUAUUCAAGGGAUGACAGGGACCCCUAUGGUGGCUUCCAGUCCCGAAAGACAUGAUGGUGGUUUGCAGGCUAACUCAGUAGAGGUGCAGAGCUACCAGCCCCCAUGGAAGGUCCUUAGUGACUUUGCCUUGCAGAGUGACAUUGAUCAGCCGGCAUUCCAACAACUGGUUAAUUUUUCGGAAGGGGGACCAGGCUCCAACUCCACCGGAAGUGAGGUGGCCUCCAUGUCUUCUCAGCUCCCAGAUACUCCAAACAGCAUGGUAGCCAGCCCCAUCGAAGCAUGAGGAGAGUGAACUCUAUGGUCUCCCAAACCCUCCCCUUUUUUCUAUUGGAAAAGCGGGAUUAAGUAUUGGCUUGAACUUCAACAAAGUUAUCUGACGACCCAGUUGAUGCACCAGAGCACCCAGGAUAGUCCAUCUGAUGCAUGGAAGGCCAUCUAGAGCAGAUGGCAUGGUAGCAACACUGUGAAGACAAUCAUGGGAUCUUACUAGAAUUGAACAAUGUCCAUGGUCGUGAGGGCCUUACCAGUCCAGGACAAGGGCAAGACAAGGGUCAUAGAGGAUUUACAUUUUGUGGAUCUUGGUUCUCUCUAUCCUUUAGCACACUUCAAGACAACACCACCACCAGACCACAAUGGAGAGAUAGCAGUGAGAUGAUCUUAAUCCGAAUGGUGCUGUUUAUCACAACAUUUAAUCAUUGCCUUGCCAAACAGGAGCUCCACAGAGUCUGAGACUGUAGACCAGCUAAGUGGACAAGGACUGCAGGAAUCGUAAAGGAUUACAGGUGGAGCUGGUUUACAUGUGGUUAGCAAUGUUUUCAACUGACUCAAAGAAAAGGGGGGACUGUUUAAAAAUUAAAAAGCAAACCCAGGCUCCCACCUAGCAUGUAACUUUUUCUGAGAUUCCCCCUUCUUCAAUCAUCUAGUCCAAAAAGAAAAAAAAAGACUAAAACAUUGCUUUAUUUUAUUUGACCUGCCUUUUUUUAAGUUUUCAUUUCCCCCAACAAUAUCCAACUGAAGCAUUGCAACAACAAGGUAUACCUCUAUUUUGCCAUAGGCGUUUCUGGAUUGUGUUGAUCCUUGACAGACAUUAAGAACUUGUAUCCCCCCAAAGAUGUGUAUAGUUAUUAUUAUUAAUAUUAUUAUUAUUAUUGGUCUCAAUGACUGGUCUCUCUCUCUCUGCAAUUUAUGAGAAAGGGAAACAUUUUUUUUGUUUGCUAUUGCAUUGCAAAAAUUAUAAAGUAAUUUAUUAUUUAUUGUCGAAAGACUUGCCACUUUUCAUGUUAUUUGAAUCUAUUUUUUGUUUGCUGAAGUAAAGAUGAAAAAAACAAGAUAAAAAAAAAAGAAAAACA